CCGCAACUUCCUCCUCCAAUCGCCUCACCGUUUGCGCCAGCAAGCGAGGCAUUCGAUUGUUCUUGCGUGUGUCCGAACCACUCUUGGCCCCAAUCAUGGGGGAUAUGGCCAAAUGGCCACACGCAGGUAUAAUUCAGCAGCCCGACGGCAGGCUCCCCCUGCCUGCUUCCUCGACUCGGCCUUCAGCAGCCGGUGCGUUGGUGAGUUGCGCGAACGACUUUAUGGCAGAUUCAGACCCAGGCUCAUCACUCGGCAAUUCCUGGGAUGUGCCGCCCAGCAACAAGCUCACCCGCUCACGGCCUUCGAUAUCGCCGGCGAGUUCGCACGCAACCGGGUCGAUGGAUUCAAGCUUCGAUCCGAGCCAAUUCCAUACUUUCCAGCUCCCGAGACACCCGAAACAAGACAGUCGGCGAGCAAGCCAAGCCGGGGAGUCUACCCACUCGCUGUCGAGCUUUUCUUCCAGCAUAUCGAUGCCCGAAGCAAAGAAGUUGAUUCUAUCGAACUCGAUAUAUGGGCAGGCCCUCGCGUCACAGUGGCUGAACAGCAAAGAUCUCGUUGCAUUGGAGGACGCCGCAGUACUUUCUGCCCGAGGCACCUCGAUCUACGGCUCGGUCUUCCGGGCCCUCGAUGGCCCGCGCAGCCGGCCAGCCUCAUCCUACGGACUGACCGGUGAGAAGCACAGCAACUCUGGUAACAGCAUCGAUGGACGAUCAAGCAUGGCAUCCAGCAUGGCAUCCAGCAUGGCGCCCUCAGAUACAUGUUCUCUUGGCAGCGGCUCCAUCAUCCUCAACUCCGCGCUUCCGCCAAAGGACCCUCAGCCCAACACAAACUCGAUCCAAAAAUGCUCCACUGCGUCCAUGCAUGACCCCGAUACCGCCAUGCCAGUCCUUGCCUCGCUGGACAAUAGCGCUUGGGCCUUGACGAAUCGCGAUGUCGUUUGUGGCGACUCCCAGGAUCUCGGGAGUCAGGUCACAUCAGGCGAGUCACUCUACAAUUCCCGAAGCUCUGCCGAGUGGGCCGUCGCCUCCAACACUGCGAGCGUUAUGCGGCAGUUCCAGCCUUUCCAGAGUGGUGGCAUAGAAAGAUUCAAGGAGGCUGCCAGGCCGCGACAUAUUCAAUCGCUGGAGUUCACGUCCUCCAUGACAUGCUCAGGACCACCAGGAUCUGCGGCCGGUGUUCAACAAACAGUCGAUGAAUUCUGCGACCUUCGAAUCCGUGUCCAUGAGCUGCAAAACCAAAUCGACAGCACCAAGCGAGAGAUCGCUGCUCGCUCGCGCGUAGCUCCUCAGGACUGCAAGCCAAGCUCAAGGAGCAAUAGCCAUCAUGGGUUAUUGCGCAGGAUUAGGGUAUUCUUCCAGCGGCUCAGGAAAAAGCCAGAGCUUGGACCGGCCAGUGUCCCCGAGCCGCGCAUCCCACUGUAACUCCAGCAGGUCUCGGACGAGCACCUGAAAUCCAAGAACGAUGCAUUCUGUCGACGAAUGCCGAAGGCGUGGUGAUCUCAAUCUAUCUGGUUCAUUCUCUUCAGAGGAAUUACAAAAGCGACGAUUCAUAUUGGGACUACAUCCCAAUCUGCGGCUUCGUGGGUGAAAACUUGAGAGAUAUGCUGGUGUAGUGAUGCGUUGGAGAUCAGGUAUGAAGUAUGGUGGAUUGAUCAUCGGGAAUUAAACACUCAACACUGAAUGUUGAAUGUUGAAUGCUGAAUGUUGAAUGUUGAAUGUUGAAUGUUGAACACUGAAUAUCGAAUGGUGAGCAUCCAAAUACUGGGUGGCGGAUAUCCAAAAAUCGAGUGAUGAGCAUCCAAAUAUCAGACAUUCAAUAUAUCCACCAAUCUGAUGGUUGUCC